AUGAAGACGAAGAAGGAAAAAAUUACAUUGCACUUUUUAUUCGAGACUUCCUUCAGCCUCGUUUUCGUUGUGUUUGCUUUAAAUUACAUUUUUCUUCCUUCUGUUGAUUUUUCCACCUUACAGAGUAAUCUUGUUGAAGCAAAAUUAACAAUGUCUUGUUUAUUCAGGACGGUUGCAUUCAAAAUUUUGAUAAGAGACAGCGUUGAUGUUUUUAAUUAA